GUGAGUGUGUACGGUAUUUAUAUACUACAUAAAGCGUCCAAAGAAAACAAUAGUAUGAUAUAUGUAGAGAAAAAAUUAAAUGAAAAUAAGAAUAAAUUAUUGAAAAAUAAAAAAAAUGUAGAAGACCUUCUAACUUUACUAGAGAAUGAUUUAAUAACAACAAAAUGA